UUGGUGGAAGUCCCCAAAAUGACCACAGAAUUUACUGAGCCUUUUUUUUUAGUCAGCAGUGAUUAUAAGUGAGCCAGUGAUUAACACCCUUGAAUGUGCAUGAAAGGAUCACUCCUUAAAAAAAAAGAAAGAAAAACAACCAAGAUUCAUGGUUCUGCCUGCCAUGAUAGGAUUCAAAGGUAUGUUCACUUUUAUUUUGACAGUUUAUGAUUAACACACUUCUGUUUCUUUUUUUUGCAGUCGCCCCCACAGAAGUGAAGAUUAGAGUGAUUUCAGAGGACUCGUUUGAGUGUUUGACAGAAGCCAACCCAAACGCAAAAUUUGCCUGGAGCAGAUCUGGCCAGUCUUUGCUGCAGUCUGCCGUCAAAGUAGAUGGUGCAAAGCUACAACUGCUGAGUCGGACCUCUGAUCUAAACGGCCUCUAUCAGUGUGAAGCAUCUAAUGCAUAUGGAAGAAAACACAGUCAGCUGUAUGUGCAUGUGGCAUCAGGAGCAUGCUCUGUGGCUUGGGCCUUAUUUGGUGUUUUGGUUUUCCUGAAUGUCACUGGGGCUGCAGCAUGGUGCUUUUAUAAACAUGGAUUUCUGAUAAGGAGACCAGAAAACACACCAGAUAAUGACAACACGCCAGAGAGUGAGCAUGUUCCACUGAGACCUAGCAGUGCAGUAGAUGAUCCCGGGCCACAUGAUGUUCCACCAUCUUCCAGAAGUGCACAUGAUGAUGAUGGACUAUCUAAGAGAACAGAUGAUGAUCAUGGACAAGAAGAUGACAGAAGACAUGGAUCACUGUCGACUAGCAGUGCUGGAGGUGAUCAAGGACCACAUAAUGUCUCACCCUCCCCCAGGAGAGCAGUGUGAUCAUAAUAAUAAUAAUGGAUU